UUGGACACCUCGGCCCUUGCGCAUGUCGGUCGGGGCCGAGGUGACUAGACAAUUUCGGCCUCUGUAAAAAUCGGCCCUACUCUAUAAUAUACAGUGUACUGUAUAAGUAUCCAUGUACGUAUAUAUGUAUUAAAUAUGUUAAAAAGGUUCAUUUUACAGGGGAAAAUGUUAUUAAAUAUCAAUUUUGAAAUAUGUUUUGCCUUUGUUUGAUUUUUUAUGAGACGUAUAAUGUCUUAUGUUUAUACGUUUCCGAUAUAUUGUGUUAUUCUUAUUUUAUCCUUAAGUGCUGUUUUAAUUAUUUAUAAUUUGAAAUGACAUCAAUUCAAAUGGUUAAUCAAUUAAUUAAUUAAUAUGAAUUAUCUUUAUCCGGGCGGUUGGAGCUAAGGACGCAGGGGUUGUUGUUUUAAUAGAGUACCUCUUAUAAGAGUAGCUCAGUCAAUUACCGCAAAUCGAUUAACCAAUCAGUGAAAGGCACAUGAGGUAUAUUAGUUAGUGAAAGUAUAGAACAAAUCACUUGAUCAUUUUCGAUCAAAUUAUUAUCUUUAAUGAUGUCUCGUCUGUGCCUCGCCUGUGCCAAGUCCGUUCGACCACGUCAGGAAGCCUUGCAGUGCCACGGUUGUAGAGGAUGGCAGCAUCGCAUCUGCACUCCCGCAAUCACACGGGAGAUGUAUCGCGCGACGUUACGUGGUGAGGAAGGUGCCAUCAUCGCAUGGUGCUGUAGUGGAUGCGACAUUCCGACGAUUUCGCUUGACGAGUCCACCGAUACUGCAUUGGAAUCGACGAUGGUGUACGCCGAGGAUACCCCACCUGUCCUGGAGCUAUCCGCCGUGCCCGUAGCCCCUUUGCUGUGCCCUAGCGACACCCCUCCCCUACUCGAGGCGUCGGUGACUGUUGACUUGAGCAUGCCCCCCGUUCUGGAGAUGUCUGUUCCGGAGGCCACACCCGACCGUUUCGACGAGGAGCCCCCUGUCCUGGAGAUGUCGACCGCCACGCCGACGAACUCGACGUUUGCCGUUCCCGACCGCGAUUUCUCGAGGAACUUUGACCUGUCGCCAGUCCGGAUGAACUCGACGUUUGUUGUCCCCCCACCACCGGAGCAGUCGCUGAACGCCUCGUUUGACCUGACGGUACAGGAUGACGAUGAUCCCGUCUGCAUAUCGGAGAGAUCUUUAGGUGAUGCGCCCCUCACUGACACCGUCGUGGUAGACGAGGACACCACCUACGAGAUCGUGGAGAGCGGGACCAUCCGUCGCUGCCGGAAGCUGAUCGCCACCGAUGGCUAUUCAUACACGGUUAAGGUUCUGCGACACCUACUCACCUGUUUUGAAUCCCCACCAGAGGUAGAAGGCUUCAUGCUGGACUUCGAGGCUGGAUGUUGGCGAGCCGUCCGGAGCGUGUUCCCGGGUGUGGACCUGAAGGGCUGCAGUUUUCACUGGGCCCAAGCUGUCCUCCGCAAGGUCGACAGUCUUGGACUUAGGGCCACCUUCAGGAAGCGUCAAGUUGUAAGUUUCCAGUGGAUAUGGACCCUAUACCUACAGAUGUCACAUGGUAACGAAUGA